CCCUGUGUCCCCCUGUCCAUGUCCCCGUCCUAUCCACGCCCCUGUGUCCCCCUGUCCAUGUCCCCCGUCCUAUCCACGCCCCUGUGUCCCCCUGUCCAUGUCCCCCGUCCUAUCCACGCCCCUGUGUCCCCCUGUCCAUGUCCCCCGUCCUAUCCACGCCCCUGUGUCCCCCUGUCCAUGUCCCCAUCCUAUCCACGCCCCUGUGUCCCCCUGUCCAUGUCCCCCGUCCUAUCCACGCCCCUGUGUCCCCCUGUCCAUGUCCCCCUCCACGCCCCUGUGUCCCCCUGUCCAUGUCCCCCUUCCUAUCCAUGCCCCUGUGUCCCCCUGUCCAUGUCCCCUGUCCUUCCACGCUCCUGUGUCCCCCUGUCCGUGUCCCCCGUUGUAUCCAUGCCCCUGUGUCCCCCUGUCCGUGUCCCCCGUUGUAUCCACGCCCGUGUCCCCCUGUCCGUGUCCCCCGUCAUAUCCACGCCCCUGUGUCCCCCUGUCCGUGUCCCCCGUCAUAUCCACGCCCCUGUGUCCCCCUGUCCGUGUCCCCCGUCAUAUCCACGCCCCUGUGUCCCCCUGUCCGUGUCCCCUGUCCUAUCCACGCCCCUGUGUCCCCCUGUCCGUGUCCCCUGUCCUAUCCACGCCCCUAUGUCCCCCUGUCCAUGUCCCCCGUCCUAUCCACGCCCCUGUGUCCCCCUGUCCAUGUUCCCCGUCCUAUCCACGCCCCUGUGUCCCCCUGUUCGUUUCCCCUGUCCUAUCCACGCCCAUGUGUCCCCCGUCCAUGUCCCCCAUCCUAUCCAUGCCCCUGUGUUCCCCUGUCCAUGUCCCCCAUUCAUGUCUCCUGUCCAGUCCAUGCUCCUGUUGCCCCCCUAUCCAUGUUUCCCUGCUUCUCUGCUCAUGUCUCCCCCUCUGCCUAAUGCUCCUAUGCCCACUCCAUGCCCUCGCACUCCCUAUCCAGUUCCCUCUCCCCUUCUGUGCCCAUGCCCCAGCCACCAACUUUCUGUCAUCUCCACCAGCUUGCAUGGAAAAAAAACAAAACAAAAAACAAAACAAAACCUCUUGGCAGCAUGA